CUGUUGGGUUCCAGGGCCGUGGGCUCGGCGGCGGCUUCCGGGCGCCCCCUGGCGGUCCCUUCGCCGCCGCUGCGGCUCCCACAAUGCUCGCGUAGCCCCGCUUCAUCUCCCGCAGCGGAGACUGCGACGGCUUCAAGAUGGCGCAGGCGAUCUUUGAGGCCCUGGAGGGGAUGGACAAUCAGACUGUUCUGGCUGUCCAGUCAUUGUUGGAUGGCCAAGGAGCAGUCCCUGAUCCAACAGGCCAGAGUGUCAGUGCACCCUCUGCUAUCCAGCCACUGGAUGAUGAGGAUGUCUUUCUCUGUGGGAAGUGUAAGAAGCAGUUCAACUCGCUGCCAGCAUUUAUGACCCAUAAGCGGGAACAGUGCCAGGGGAAUGCCCCCGCCCUGGCCACAGUCUCGUUGGCCACCAACAGCAUCUACACACCGUCAGCAGCACCCACAGCAGUCCAGCAGGCCCCACCUCCUGCCAAUCGCCAGAUCUCCACAUACAUCACGGUGCCCCCAUCCCCACUGAUCCAGACUCUGGUGCAGGGGAACAUCUUGGUGAGCGAUGAUGUGCUCAUGUCUGCCAUGUCGGCCUUCACAUCCCUGGACCAGCCCAUGCCCCAGGGCCCCCCGCCUGUGCAGAGCAGCCUGAACAUGCAUUCUGUGCCCAGCUACCUCACCCAGCCUCCACCACCUCCUCCACCCCCUCCACCACUGCCCCCACCCCCACCCCCCCAACCCCCACCACCCCCACCCCAAAGCCUAGGCCCCCCUGGGCGUCCCAACCCUGGUGGAAAUGGCGGGGUGGAGGUAUACAGUGCCGCUGCGCCGCUGGCUGGGAGUGGAACAGUGGAGAUCCAGGCGUUGGGGAUGCAGCCCUACCCACCCUUGGAGGUGCCAAACCAGUGUGUGGAGGCUCCAGUGUACCCGACACCCCCGGUAUACAGCCCCGGCAAACAGGGAUUCAAACCAAGAGGACCAAACCCCAGUGCCCCCAUGACCAGCGCCACCGGGGGCACAGUGGCCACCUUUGACUCUGUUUCACCAACGCUGAAGACCCGACGGGCUAAAGGUGCCAGGGGACUCCCGGAAGCUGCUGGGAAGCCAAAGGCUCAGAAACUCAAGUGCUCAUACUGUGACAAAUCAUUCACCAAAAACUUUGACCUGCAGCAGCACAUCCGAAGCCACACUGGUGAGAAGCCCUUUCAGUGCAUUGCAUGUGGUCGUGCCUUUGCCCAGAAAUCUAAUGUCAAGAAACACAUGCAGACCCACAAGGUGUGGCCUCCAGGGCGCAGUGGUUGCACCGUUUCUCGUAACUCUGUGACUGUACAGGUCAUGGCCCUGAACCCCAGCAGGCAAGAAGACGAGGAAAACACAGGGUUAGGCCAGCCCCUGCCAAGUGCGCCACAGCCCCAGGCCUUGCCCACGGCAGGUGAGGAUGAGGGAGACAAGCUGGAGCCCAAGCAGGUGGUCCUCAUUGACAGCUCCUACCUGUGCCAGUUCUGCCCCAGCAAGUUCAGCACCUACUUUCAACUCAAGUCCCAUAUGACCCAGCAUAAGAAUGAGCAGGUAUACAAGUGUGUGGUCAAGAGCUGUGCCCAGACAUUCCCAAAGCUCGACACAUUUCUGGAGCACAUCAAGAGCCACCAGGAGGAGCUGAGCUACCGCUGCCACCUCUGUGGCAAGGAUUUCCCUUCACUAUACGACCUAGGUGUGCACCAGUACUCCCACAACCUCCUGCCACAGCACAGCCCCAAGAAGGACAGCGCUGUCUACAAGUGUGUCAAAUGCGUCAACAAAUACUCCACUCCUGAAGCCCUGGAACACCACCUGCAGACCGCCACUCACAACUUCCCCUGCCCACACUGCCAGAAGGUAUUUCCUUGUGAACGCUACCUGCGGCGUCAUCUGCCCACCCAUGGCAAUGGGGGCAGGUUCAAGUGCCAGGUAUGCAAGAAGUUCUUUCGGCGGGAGCACUACCUCAAACUGCACGCUCAUAUCCACUCAGGUGAGAAGCCCUACAAGUGCUCAGUGUGUGAGUCUGCGUUCAACCGCAAGGACAAACUGAAGAGACACAUGCUGAUCCAUGAGCCCUUCAAGAAAUACAAAUGCCCCUUCUCGACACACACCGGCUGCAGUAAGGAGUUCAACCGGCCGGACAAGUUGAAGGCUCACAUCCUCUCCCACUCUGGCAUGAAGCUCCAUAAAUGUGCCCUGUGCAGCAAGUCCUUCAGCCGCCGUGCCCACCUCGCCGAGCACCAGCGCGCCCACACAGGCAACUACAAGUUCCGCUGUGCUGGCUGUGCCAAGGGCUUUUCUCGCCACAAGUACCUCAAGGAUCAUUGCUGCCGCCUUGGCUCCACAAAAGACAAGGACCUGCAAGCCCGGCGGCCCUCCCGGAGGAGGGCAGCUCCCCGCAGCAGCAGCAGCAGUGGUGGGCACAAGGUGGUCACCCCCUUGCCUGACUCACUGGGGCUGGAGGAGCUGAAGGACACAGGGACUGGGCCAGUGCCUGAGGCUGCCCCAGGCAAGCCGCCCUUUGCAGAGCCAGAUGCUGUGUUGUCUAUCGUGGUGGGUGGUGCAGUGGGUGGAGAACCUGAGCUGGUGGUGCCUGGACAUGCAGAAGGGCUGGGCUCCAACCUGGCGCUGGCGGAGCUUCAGGCUGGGGCCGAGGGCCCAUGUGCCAUGCUUGCUGUACCCGUCUACAUCCAGGCCUCAGAGUGAUGGGCCUGGGAUGUUUGCUCCCAUAGGUUGGCCUGAUACUUACAUUUGGGCCCAGGGCUUCUGGGGGAAGACAAGAGAUCUUUCCCCUUGGAAGGAAGAAGUCCUUUUGAAUGUCAUUCAUAGACCGUGGCCUGGGGCAUGCUCCUGUGUCCCUUAUCCUGCUGGAAAGCCCUGCAGCAUUCUGGCAUCUGGGGCAGGACUGCCUAUGCUCUCUGAAUGGCACAAUGGCAGAGAAAUGGUCUGAACCUGAGCAGCCCAGGGUCUGUCUGGUCUGGGCUGGGGGUUGGGUCACCUAAGAUAGAAGACAGGAUGGUCCUAGCUACUCUACCUCCAGGCUGCCUUGGGAUGGCUUCUGGCCAGCUGCUCUUCAGGAGGCCUGACAUGGUCAGAGUCCUGUCUUUAUCUGUUGGACUUUUUCACAGACAGUUCCUCACAGUGUCCUUAGACAACUCUGUGAUGUAGACUUUUAGGAAGCACUCAGCUAUCAUGGCUAGAGUGCAGCUAUAGACCACAUCUGGCUUCAAAUCCAAUAAUUGCCACACACUUGCUGUGUGAUCUUAGGCAGGUCACUUCACCUCUCUGAUCCCUGUGUUUCUCAUCUGCACAGUGAGGCUUAUGAUAGUACUACCUCAUAGGGUUGUCAUGGACCCAGUAUAAUGAAAUGUGCAAAGGGCUGGCAUGGUGCCCAGCAUUUGGAAAGUGCUCAAUAAAUGGGUCCAAAGGGCUCAGGCCUGAGCCUUGGCAGUUUCUUUCUUAGCUCCUAGGUGGCAACACUAAAGCUUGUGGGGCCUGAGGGAGUCCCAUGCCCCUUCACAAGCCAACAGCCAUGAGGAGGUCAGCAAGGAGGGAGCAGGUUUGGUGCUCCCAGGAGAGUUAUUACAGAACGUGAUCCAUGGAAACACCCAAGGGAAGGGGUUUAUACUCGCUUGUGAAAGUUCACCUAAGCCUCACCCCAAACCUUUUGGAAUCAAACUGACCAGAGCCAGAAGUCCUCAGGCGGGUGGGUGUCUGUAUGAUCGUCUAUACCCCCCUGUCUGGCAGCCCUUGCCGCUAGUCCAGGUGGGAGGCAGGAAGGACAAAAGGGGCCUUGACCAGUAUUUCCCCAUGUAUCUUCGCAGCUGCUCUCUGGGCCACAUUACUUCUAUUAUAGGAAAAGGGACAUGCCAGGGUAGUCUGACUCAGAUUGAUGGACUGAGUGUCGCAGUUUGGCCGGGGCUGGGUUUGAACCCGCCACCCUCGGUAUAUGGGGCCGGCGCCCUGCUCACUGAGCCACAGGCGCCACCCGAUGGACUGUCUUUGAAGGCUAGCAUGACCCUCAGACAUCUGUGUUGUGACCCAAGGUUGGAUUUCAGAGCCUGGCCUGAUUUCCCAUAUCCUCAGGAAGGUUAUGAUGCGGCAAGAAGGACAAGUUGAUGGGGUUGAGUGAAGUCUUUAAGUGUACCAGUCUUCAAACAAGCCAGAGGAGGAUUAGUGACAGGAAGUCUCAGAAGGGAUGCCAUUGGGUGGGGUCUUGGCAUGAAGUGCUUUGAUAGAUAGUUAGGGGAAGGCAUGCCAGGUAAGAGUAAGGCACGAACAAAGACCCCGAGCUGUGACGGUGCAGAGCCAGUCAUGUUCUGGGGCCAGCAAAUGGCCCAGGGUGACCGGAAGUUUUGGAGGAAUAGUUGGAUAAUAAUAAUUGCUAAUUUUUCAAGUCUUCUCCAUGUGAUGGACACUGUCACAUCGCCUCAGCUUAUCAGGUAAAUGCUAUUUCUUUAUUUUACAGAUAAAGAAAAGUAGGCACAGAGAGCCAAGUUCCUAGCCCUAGCUCAUACAGUUAGUAAGCCACAGAGCUUGGAUUCAAGACAGCAUGGCCUGCCUGCAGGUGCUCUUAGCCACUUUGCUCUGUUGAAAUAGGGGUUAAUCAAAAAAAAAAAAGAGAGAUCCUUGAGUGUUGGCUUAAGGUAUUUGUACUUUAUUCUCUGCAUAAGGAAGACACUAAAGAUUUUUUUUAAUCGUAAUAAUGAUAUUAAAGGAAGUAUUUAAAACCUCAUCUCCAUACUAAUGUGAUUAUUUAAGUUGUAUUUAUGUUGCUUUUUCCUGUACACAUGCAUGCACAUUUAUUAGAACUAACAUUUAUCAGGUGCCUCUCAGGUGCCUGGCACUGUCCCAAGUGCUUUGAAGUAUAGGCUACUUUUGUGUGUGUGUGUGUGUG